UGCCUGUAACGUUUCUCCUCUUCUUCUUCUCCAAGGCCGGACUCUGGUAAUUAAUCGUCUGACACAUUAGACAGCCUCUCUCACGCUCGCUACAACCCCCAAUUCUCCCCUUACUGCCCCAGAUCGGCACACGUCCUCGUCUGCGCCCACCUCGCCCACGCUUCGCAGGAGCUCGCUAAAAAAGAAACGCACGCGCGAGGGAACCCGUGUGCGCAGCAGGGACAGGGCUAGAAGCGGUACGGUCGCGUUCAAGGACGAGGUCAGCGAGCACGAGGCGCUGCCAUAUGUCCCGAUGGCGGUGAACGGGAUCGAGAGGGGCGUGAGUGAGAGUGAAGCGGAUGAGCAUACGGCCAUUAUACAGGCUGAGCGGAACGCUGGACCCGAUGCGAGGAAGCCUGGAAGAGAUUAUGGAACUCCCGGGGCUGACCAGCCUGGCGGACGAUGUGAUGCGGGGGAACAGGUGCUGGAAACGAGGAGAGGCGUGAGGAGACGGAAGAAGAGGCAUGGGGGCGCGGGCGCGAAUGGGGAUGCGGACGGAGAAGAGGAACGAGGGGGGUGGUGGAGGCGUAUGGUGGAGAAGUAUGGGAGUGUGGAGUUGGAGAAUAAGGGGAGUGUGGCGAGGGAUCAUUUGGCGCUUGAGCGCACCUUCCUAGCCUGGCUCCGCACCUCCCUCUCCUUCGCCUCCAUCGGCAUCGCCAUAACCCAGCUCUUCCGCCUCAACACCUCCAUCACAAAUCCAAACCCCUACCCCUCGCCCUCGGAUCCGCUGCGCCGCGUCGGCAAGCCUCUCGGCGCGACCUUCAUCGGCAUCAGCAUCAUCAUCCUGUUCAUUGGCUUCCACCGCUACUUCGAGUCGCAGCACUAUGUCAUUCGAGGCAUGUUCCCGGCAGCCAGGGGCAGUGUGGCGGUUGUAGCGGCUAUUGCAGGGGCGUUGAUCGUGGCGAGUUUUGUCGUCGUUGUUGUCAUUGCGCCGAGGGCUUUUGAGACUUGAGAUGAGUGAUGGUGGGUUCAUUUGGGUUGGCAGUCUACUUGGGGGACGAUGCGAGCUGGGCUUCCUUGAGGGCGAGGCAGAUCUCAGGCUCUAUAGUAGAGGAGAUUGAGGCGUUUAUGGUGAUGCAGUGCGAUAAUACGCCCGGGUCAGGGCUAUGGGAUCCCGGCGAAGACAUUUGGAAAGUGGCGUAUACCCACACGAAGGCGGCGCCUGGCCAAUGACCAUUCAAAAUCCAUGAGAAGACAGUUCGACAAUCGAUCAUGAGAUUAGUAGAUGAGGGAGAUACAUUCUAUAUAGUUAGUAAUGACAUACCCGUGCGUGCUG